AUGCAUGUACACGCAGUUGUAUGGGCACUGAUAACUCCAUCGACCGCUGAGAAAGCACUCGACUUUGAAUCAGGCGAUCCGGGAUUCGCUUACACUACCAGUCAGCACUCUCAUACUAGCAUUACUAGAAGUUCUGUUCUGACGAGCGAGUGUUGCGACGUAACAAUUGAUCCGGCAAUCCUAGAUGAUUACCAUUUCCGAGAUAUUGAGCAGACCCUAGCAAGAAAAGACACUUGUGACGUUGUGGCCCCUUCUCGUUCGUCGGAUAAAACUGUUCGUGGCCGCAGCAUACGGCCAAAAAUGAAACCAAGGCGGCAGCGGUCCAAAAUAAACAAGGUUUCUAUCGUCGUGGACAAUCGCCACGUGAAUAGGACUAGCCGGAGUACUCGAGCAAACGGCCCCGUUAAAAUGGCGUUCUCUAUUCUUCGGGAUCAAUUCUCUUCUCUACCGGUCGAAGAGCAACUACAGUUCUUAUCCUGGCUGUUUCAGGGUGCUUUAUCCCAAUGCCUCCAUGCUUCAUCCAGCGCGGAUGGCGCAUCGGCAUUAGGUUCUAUCUCGGGAGAGGAAGAAACCUCGACUCCACCACCUACGCGACCAUACGCAGGUGCCAACGUGGUCGAUAUACAGCAUCCUAGCUCCUCGAGAAAAGGACUACCUUUCCUUCUGGAAGAGGAUCGCCUUCUGGUGAAGCUUAGGAAGGAAGACGCUCUUACCUGGUCGGAGGUGAUCAAGCGAUGUAGUCUGAAGUUCCCUAGAAGGAGCAAAGGCUCCAUUCAGGUGUACCGGAGCACAACGCUUAGGAAUCAACUGCUAUCUUGA